GGAGAGGAAGUCAGUAAACAAACGUCGCUGUAAGUGGAAGUGAGCUGCUGCUGCUAUUGCAAUGAAGGCACCAUUUUCGAUCACCUGGCUGAUCCUGGUCGUAAUGCUGCUGCAACUGGUGGCAUCCCAGGACUGCCAGCUGCAGUUGGAGCACGACAUGGAUGCGGAGGAGAAGCCGUGCGAGAAUUUUCAUCAGCAUGCCUGCGGAAAUUGGUAUGCGAGCACUUCGCAGCGCACUCUGGGUGCCCAUGACAUGCGAUCCAAGUGGGUGGCAAAUCUAAAGCUGCAGCUCAUCCGAUCUCUAGAGGAAUCCCCACCCGUCAGCACCUUAACCUUCUCCAACACCUCCAGCACCGCAACCUCCUCUAGCAGCCUGGCAAUCAACGAGUUGGCCACAUUCUACAGGAGCUGCUUGUCGAGUGGCCAGUCGAUAAGGACCUACACCGAUGCACUGGCACAAACUGGGGCCAACUUCCCGCUGCUGACCAACAAUACCGGCUCCUUCGAUUGGGUGCUGGCCAAUGCCGGCCUGCGCAGGUACGGAGCUCAGGGUUUUUGGAGACUCCUGGUGCUGGACAACUGGCAGUCGGCGGAUCAGCGGAUCUUCUACCUGCUGCCACCCAAGUUCGAGCUGCUGGGCCGCGAUGAUGAGCUGAAUGAGUUCCUGUAUCAGCGCUAUCUGAAGGUUUUGCUGCUGGAGCUGGGCCUGCGAGUGCGUAGAGCUGCGCUGCUGGCCGAGAAGCUGGUUGCAUUCGAGAAGAGUCUGCAGAAGCUGUUGCCCAGCGAGGAGGAGCAGACGUUGGUGCUGCGCAGGCCCGAGAGCCUCAGGGAUUUGGAGCAGCAGCUGCCCGGCUUGGAGUUGAGAAGAUACUUUGAGACGAUCCUGCAGGGCAUCGAUUGGGAUGCCACGAGCCUGCUGCUGGUGGCGGAUGUGGACUAUCUGCAGGGUCUGCAGAGAUUACUGGCGGAGCACACGCUGGAUCCCACGAUCAUGUCCACGUGGCUGCUGCUGCAGUUGCCCGCACACUUUGAAUUGCGACUGCACGACGACGAGAAGCUGAGCAGCCAGCGGGAACACUGCCUGGAACAGUUGAGGAAACUAAUGCCCGGGCAGCUGGGACGCCUGCAAAUGCAGUUGGUGCUGGGUGACGCGUAUCAGGAUGUGUAUGACACGGCCAUACAGCAGAUAGCCGUGCUCUUUCGCGAUCUGAAGCAGCAAUUCGAGUUGGUGCUGAAUGAGACGGAGGUCUUCCACGACGAUGUGGUCACCCGAAACUUGGCUCGUGAUAAACUGAGGGCCAUGCGAUUGCUAACGCCUCGUCUGCAGGAACCCACUUCCACUCCCAAUCUCAAUCUGCCGGCAAUGCUGCGCGGCAAUUGUGAUGAGAACGUAUUGCAGUUGUCACUUAGCCAGGCCAAAUUGGAAUUCCGGCAGGUUUUCGGCGAGCCGGUGACCUCGGCGCCAGCGGAUCCGCUGUCCGUGAAUGCCUACUAUCGCCUCAAGUUGAAUCGCAUUGAGUUGCCGCUCGGCCUGCUGGCCACGCCCCUCAUCCAGCAGCAGUGCUCCAAGGAGGCGGACGCGUUGGCCAAACUGUCCGCCGGAUUGGGCUACAUCCUGGCCCACGAAAUGGUGCACGCCUUCGACUACGAUGGCCUUAAUUACGAUGCCACCGGCCAGUUGGCCAAUGGCCAGUGGCCGGCCAGGGCGAUUAUACGCUUUAGCCUGCGAGCCGGCUGCUAUUUGGGCGAACGGUACAGUAAUGCCACGCUAACCGUCAACGAGAACAUCGCCGAUACGGAGGGUCUUCGCCUGGCCCUCGACACAUAUCGCCGUCGCAGUGGCGGCGCCCCCAAUUUGCGCACCUUCUUCGUGGCCUUUGCCCAGAACUGGUGUGGCACGGUGGCCAGUGCGGCGGGUGGCCUGAGUCGACAUGCCGGACACGCGGAGCGGGUUAAUAAUGUGCUCGGCAACAUGCCGGAGUUCGGCGACACCUUCCAGUGCAAGGCCAGCAGCGACAUGAAUCCCAUCGACAAGUGCCGCAUUUGGUGACGCUCCAAUGUCCAAUCUCUAGUUUAAACUGAUGUUUUAAUGUUAUAAACUAAUCGACACAGCAAUAAAUUAGACUGUAGCCCGAAAGUAACGAGAAACAA